AUGGCCCAGGCGUCUCGCUCUGGUGGCCUUCUGCCUCCGCUGGCUACCGUGCCGCCGUUACGGGCGCAGCCCGGGGGCGGCGAGGAGGAGCAGUGGCAGAGAAAGCGGGCAGGCGCUCUCCGCGGGGACGUCCGUGGCUGGCUGGCGCUGCCGGUCGCCCGGAGCAUCCUCUGCCAGGACCCUCGGCCUGACGGGGCUCCGAAAGAGCAGCCGUGGUGGGUGGCGCCGGCGGACGCAGGAGAGCACAGUGAGGCGGGCGCUGUAGACUGUGGGCGGGAGCUGGCACCUGGCGGCCUGAUUCCUCCGGCGCUACGGCGUCUCAGGGCUGUGUUGCUGCGACUGCAGCGCGAGCGGGAGCAGCUCCUCCAAGCGCGGGAUUGCGCCCUCCACCUACAGGCGGCCGUGCGCUUCCUGAGGAUCCUGAGUCCCGGCGCUCCAUCUCCCAGCCACGGCCCCUUGCUUCAGCUGUGUCGCGACCUGCUACAGCACCUUUCCAGAGGGGCGGUCCUGCGAAGCAGGCUUCUGGAGACGCCCCACCCGCGACUCCUGGCACGCCCCGUCGGACUAGCAGCCCAGCGCUUGGAUGCUACUGUCGAGAUGCGGCUUCGAGCUCUGGGCCGGGCGCCCGCCACCCCAGCCCUGUCGUCCCAACUCGCCGACCUGCUGCUGGCACUUUCAGCGUACCACCAGCUGCAGGGGAAAGCCUUCAGCCAAGUCCCAGCAUCAGCGCGCCCGUAUCCUCCCGGCCGUGUGCUCCGCCUCCUGACAGGGGAGCGGGGUUGCCAGGCGGCAGGUUGGCUGGAUGAGGCGCUCAGGGGAUCUGGCUUGAGGGACCAGCUCCUCAGAUGGUGCCAAGAGGAGCGGGAGCUGUUGCCAGGGCUACUGGGCCUGUUGGGGGGCGUGACGGGUUCAGCCAGCAGUGAACUGGGGCUUGGAAGGGCCGGAGCCUUGUGGAGCCAGUACUGGACCCUGCUGUGGGCAGCCUGUGCCCAGAGCCUAAGUCUAGGACCCUGGAGGGACCCCAGGGCAGCGGCACAGCAACUGAGUCAGGCACUGGGUCAGGCAUCACUGCCUCAGGAGUGUGAGAAGGAGCUGGCUUCUUUGUGUCACAACCUAAUUCAUCAGUCUCUUAUUUGGAGCUGGGAUCAAGGUGAGGAGGAAGGGGUAAUGGCAGUCACACAAGCCCCAGAUUGCCCCUUCCUUAUCAAACCAUACCCCUCAUCUUCAGGCUUCUGCCAGGUCUUGGGAUCUGCUGGUGGAAAUGAGAGCAGCCUUCCUUCAUCCUCUUGUACCAGCGAACUUUUACAACAGCUCUUCCCUCCUCUCUUGGAUGCCCUCCGGGAGCCCAGGUCAGGACUCCUCCUCUGCGGGCCACCAGGUCCUGCACCCCUUGCCCUGGGGCUCUGUACCCUGCAAACUACCUUGCUCUGGUUUUGGAGCAGAACUCAGCAGCAUCUGGCAGCAUGGGCCCCAGGUUCCUUCCUGCUCCUGAUCCAGAAGGACUUACCUCCUCUACUGCAGGAGGCAGAAGCUUUGUCUCGCCUGGCCUCAGAGGAAAGCUUGGCUCUGGAUGUGGAGCAGCAGCUGGGCCUGGAGAUCCGGAAGCUGACUGUGCAGAUCCAGCUCCUGCCUGAAGAGUCACUGAGUCUCUUUUUUCACGAAUGUCAUAAACAAGCCACACAGGACUUCGAACUCCACAUGCCACGGGGUCGGUACUGGCGGCAUCGUCUGUGUCCUGAACUUCCCAGCAUUCCUAGUGAGUAUGCUGGGUUGGUGGUCCGCAGGAUACUGGAGCCUGUGUUGCAAGGACUGCACGGACUGCCACCCCAAGCCCAGGCCCCUGCCCUGAGCCAGGCGCUGAACGCCAUCCUGGGUGCUUGGCUUGACCACAUCCUCUCUCAUGGGAUCCGGUUCAGCCUGCAGGGGGCGCUGCAGCUCAGACAAGACUUUGGAGUGGUCAGGGACUUGCUGGAGGAGGAGCAGUGGGGCCUGUCCUCAGAACUUCGCCAGACUCUGUUCAUGCUCAGCAUCUUCCAGCGGCUGGAUGGGGCCCUGCUGUGUCUGUUGCAGCAGCCCCUACCCAAGACUCAAGUCCACAGGGGGCUUCCCUGUUGCUGUGCAUGUAAUGAGGUUCAGACCAUGGAAUUGCCCAGCAGCAGCCUCAACAGCCUGGAGAGCUUGGAGCCCCCUCUUCAGCCUGGAGUAUUUCCAACCCAGACAGCUCAGCUGCUAAGCACACUGUGGGGAGGAGGACCUAGCCCUGAUGCUUACCUGGUAGGAAACCAGCAGGCCUGGCUUGCUCUGAGGCAGCACCAGCAUCCUCGCUGGCACUUAUCUUUUCUUUCCUGCCUGGGGACCAGUUCUGAAUCCUAAAGACCCUCAUCAAAAGCUAGCCAGAGCUCCCCAUCUCUGUCUGAAAAAGCCCAGACAUUUAGACAUGCAUAUUUUAAAAGCUUAAUUGGGAGCUUGGAAGAAAGCAUAUCUGAGAACCACAAGCUACACAGAGCCUGGACUUGAAAAGCUAACCCAAGAUCACUACUCCAACUGCCUGGAAUCCAGAGUAAAGGGCAUAAUCACAGCUUGAAACCUGGAGGUCAGCAUCCUUGGGAGGCUCAGGCACAGUUCCCCAUCAGUAAAGACAUCUCAGGGCUAGACACUAGCAGCUAAAUCCUGGGAGUAAGACUCUAGGGUUGGAUCCCAGGAGAAAGGGGAAAACCAAUAGAAAGCAGGGAGCCUUGAUGUCACUUCCUCUUAAAUCCCAGGAGCCAGGCUAAACACAAGACAGGUUGGGACACUACUACAAAGUAAUUCCUCAGGAACCACAGAGGUGGAAUUUCUGCACCCAAAUCAGUCCCCGCGGCCUAUGUUACAGUACCCUGUACUCCCCUCCUUACUAUUUUUAGUCAUUUAAGAAUAGUGGGCUGUAGAACCUUCACGUGUAAGCGUUAGCUACUCCAGAGUCCACACAUUUAAUCUGAAAUUACCUGAGUGGGGUUCACCCUCUGGUAGGUUUAUAAUCCCUACGGUGGUAGUGCCCUCCCCUUGGAAGGGACCAGCACUUAAGACGGUGUUAACCUAGAUCAGCAGGGUGCAGAGAGGGAGAGGCUGCAGAAGGCGUGUCAUCCGAGCCAGGAGCAAAUGGCUUUCGUAUUAUUCACUGUCUUCACCGUGGUACAAGAGGGCU